AUGUUCAAGGGCCUGCUCGGCGGUCCUGAUCCUAAGAAGGGACUCUGGAGUGGACGCGCAACUGAGACGGCUUCUUUGAGGCAGCACAUCAGCAGACCUAUGAUUGGAAAACACUAUUGCCACAUGGAAAACGAAGACGCCAAGGGAAAGAGAGCUCGCCGUUCGAUCAGGGGUCCUAGUCCUAGGCUCGACACACGCAAAGGGACGAAUGCGUCAUGUGUUCAAGGUAGUGGUGGAACAGUUUACGCCUGUAAGGUCAAGCCAGCGCGGCAUCAAGAUAUCGCUGUCAUUGAAAUUGAUAGCCAAGACGAAAAGUGGCAGCUGCAAUGGCAAUGGAAUGGCGUACAUAAGAUAUGA